CAGAUGUUACAGAUCGGUGCGCCGGUGACCGCUUGAGCCUACCAGCCGCCAAGUGGCCUGUAACGUGUCGAGUCCUGAUUCUCUCUCUCUCUCCGUUCUUUGUUAAGCCAGGAUCUCUCUCUCUCCUCCCUUGUGUUGCGCCUGAGCAGUCGGUUUACCUUCAGGCCGACGGUUUUAUCCAAUGCGUUCUUGUGAUCAACUUCCAUGGCUUCAUGAUGUUUCAGACAAUUUGUUUCACCAAAAUCAAUUUCAAUGAGGAAACUUGUCGGGAGGCUCAAACGGCUUCCUUCUCCGUUUGUUACUAGAACUUGUCAUGACGAAGGACUAACUGUAAACAGUCUAUCAAAAUGUUUGUCAUUCAUGGAUUUCCAAAAAAUAGAAUCAAGAGUACACAAUCUUGCAACUACACUAUUCUUGCGCCAAAGGAGAUUGUAUUCUACAAGUUAUACCAGUGUCCAUGGUGAGAGGCCGUCUGCUGAAUAUGCAAAGCUGAGAAAGGAAUCCUUAGAAAGUGAAUUUGGGCAUGCAAUUGGAGCUUACAGCUCCAGGAAUCUUUCAACAUUGUAUCGCUUUGGACCAUUUUUGGCUUUAUAUAGAGCUGCAAUUAUUUCAUUCCAUGUGUUGAAGUUGACUGCAUGGCAAUUGUUUGUUCAUGAUAUACAUAAACGUGCAAUUAAGUUUCGUGAGACUCUCAUUCACCUGGGCCCUUUCUACAUUAAGCUUGGUCAAGCUCUUAGCACAAGGCCAGAUAUAUUGCCACCGAUUUACUGCCAAGAACUUGCUAAGUUACAGGAUCAAAUACCUCCAUUUCCAACUCAUAUAGCCAUUAAAUCAAUUGAAUCCCAAUUGAAAGUUCCUGUUUCACAACUAUUUGCUGACAUUAGUGCAGAGCCUAUUGCUGCAGCAUCUUUGGGUCAGGUGUAUAAAGCUCAUCUGCAUACUGGAGAGCUAGUUGCUGUCAAAGUGCAGAGGCCUGGAAUGUCUCUUUCUCUGACACUUGACGCUUUGUUGUUUCACAUGAUUGGAGGUCAACUCAAGCGAUUUGCCAAUGCCAGAAAGGAUCUGUUGGUGGCAGUAAAUGAGAUGGUCAGGCAUAUGUUUGAGGAAAUUGAUUAUGUUCUAGAGGGAGAAAAUGCUGAAAGAUUUGCUGCUCUCUACGGUAGCUAUUCUGAUGGGAUGGAAGAUGUUGAAGAUAGACAUAGUAAACCCACUCCCAAAAAGUCUGAUUCUGUCAAAGUACCAAGAAUAUACUGGAAGCUUACUUGUAAGGCUGUCCUUACCAUGGAAUGGAUCGAUGGGAUCAAGCUUACAGAUGAUGUUGCUCUUAAGAAGGCAUCUUUAGAUCGCAAGAAACUCAUUGACCAGGGGCUGUAUUGUUCUUUGAAGCAGCUACUUGAAGUAGGAUUUUUUCAUGCUGAUCCUCAUCCAGGAAACCUUGUAGCAACUAAGAGUGGAUCAAUUGCCUACUUUGAUUUUGGCAUGAUGGGGGAUAUUCCACGUCAUUACCGUGUUGGCCUUAUACAAGUGCUUGUGCAUUUUGUCAAUAGGGACUCUCUGGGUUUGGCUAAUGACUUCCUCUCUCUGGGGUUUAUUCCUGAAGGGGUUGACAUAUUAGCAGUUUCAGAUGCUUUGCGGGCAUCCUUUGGUGAUGGGACUCGAUCAUCUAGAGACUUCCAAGCCAUAUUGAACCAGUUGUAUGAUGUGAUGUAUGAAUUUAAUUUUUCUCUUCCACCAGACUAUGCCCUUGUAAUAAGGGCACUAGGAUCCCUAGAAGGGACUGCAAAGGCUCUUGAUCCUGAAUUCAAAGUUAUUGAAAGUGCUUACCCAUUUAUCAUUGGGCGUCUUUUAGCAGACCCAAGUCCCGAUAUGCGGAAAAUAUUGAGGGAACUUCUAAUCCGCAACGACGGUUCCAUAAGAUGGAAUAGGCUCGAACGACUAAUAGUAGCGAUAUCUGGACAUGCUAAUGAGUCGGGUGAUGGACAUGUUGCUGAUUCGGAUAACCCAUUAGAGUGGAAAUCAUUUGACAUGCAUGCGGUUGCUUCUGCGACUGAAGAUCUCUUCCAAUUUAUACUGUCAGAUAAAGGCUAUAAGGUGCGGAUAUUUCUUGUUCAGGAUAUAAUAAAUGCAGCUGAUGUUUUCCUGGAGGAUGUUGUAAUUGGAGCUGUUCUUGAUGAUGAGAAGAUUGAGCCAACAACUUAUCAUACUUCUAAGGCCAAGGAAGAGCAGGAUAUGCUUGUUAGGUUGGCUAACGGGAUCAAAUCGCUUGGCCAAGCAGUGAAGUUGGCACCCGAUGUUUGGGCUAGCAUGUUAAUCCGUAUGGUGGUAAAGCCCGAAGUUCAUAAAUUUGUUUUUGAUGUAAUCCAAACGUUUCUUUUACAUUCUGGCAACAAAGUUCCCCAUACGACAUGGGUUUCUUUGUCCAAGAUUCUUCGAAAGAUGUCGAAAGGUCGAUAGUUCUGUUAUCGUUGUAUAAAAAGACAGAAUGUACCUUUUAGCAAAUUAUCAAUAAGUUUUGAAAUAAAAUAUGAUAGAAUAGACAUUAAACAUUA